AUGAUCAAACGAAAGAUUUUGAUGCCACCACUUGAAGAACCACUACAUCCACCAACAAAGUUUAUUCCUUUCUUGAGAUCAUGUACAGGUUCUAACGCAGUCAAUGAAGUAUUUGAACGUAACAAAGAAAAUUAUGAUGAUAAAAAGGAAACUUUAAAGGUGUUACCUAUUCCUAGCAAUCGAAAAGUUAUUGUUUUACUUUAUCCCCUCCACAUCCUAUCUCUGCGCAAAACAAAACUUGAUGCAGGAAGUGUGGAACAGGCAGAAGCAACUAUUAACACAAUUUUGAACAACGUUAGUCCAGAUAUUAGUGAUAUAUGGUGGGACAAAAAUAGCCUCAUAAGUGACCCUAAAGAUAAGAGCAAAAAUUUUGCUAAGGAACUUAACAACGGUAAAGAAUAUUUCAAGAGUGCCAUUCAAGAAAUUGAACAACAUUGGAAUAAGAGAGGAGAGAAUGAUGAGGUGUUAGCAAAAAAUAUUCAAGAAGAAUCUAAUAAUGAAGGUUUUGCACUAAUUAUUAGCACUUCAGAAGAAGAACAGGCGGCAUCAAUUACAAACAACGCAACUUCAGUAGUUGGCGCAGCAAGCUCUUCUCCUGGAAAUAACGAUGCAAGCCCCCCUGGCAAUAAGAAGGAGGAUAACGUUGAUGCAACUGCAACCUCAGUAAAUGUUAGCAACACAAAUACUCAAUCUACUGCUAGUGGACAAACCCCAGAAAAGAACUAUACAAACUUCUGUGGUAAACACAAAGGGAAGAUUGCUCUAGGUGUUACUGGACUAUGCGCAGCUGGUGCCUUUGCAGCCUAUAUGCUAGCGUAUCCUGUAGUUGCACUGGCUUUAGCAGUUUUAGCAGCAGUUAUAUUAAUGGGUGCUGGUAUUGCUAAGGUUCGUUAG